GGUUCGUCGAUUCUGACUCGACACACGACCCAAUCUUCCUCACGAUCGCCUGCUACGGUCCCUCAAUCAGUUUGGAGGAGUUUCUUUCGUGAAAAAUCAAGGAUCAAGUUUUUUAUUUCCUCCAACAGGAUUUAAAAAUAUAAAUCAAAAUGAAGGUUAUUUUGGCAGCAUUUGUAUGUGCCCUGGCAGUAAAAACUGUUAUGGUGAUGCCAGUCGCUGAGCCUGGUUCAUCAGACCCACUACCAGUGGUACCAUUGGAAAAGAGUUCGGUACAACACGUGUUAAGGCGAGAGACUGUUGAAACAGCACCAGUUGUUACUGAACACAAAGAAAAUGAAACUCCUGAGGCACACAAAGCUCAUGAAGCUCAUGAAGCUCAUGAUGCUUCUCACCAACACCAGCAAGCGAGACUCGCUGACAAGCCUGAAGCAUUGCCGGAAAAGAAAGAAGAAAAGAAAGAAGAAGCUAAACCAGCUGAAGAGAAAAUAAUCAUUGAAGAGAAGAAAACAGAAGUACCGGAAAAGAAGGAAGAACAAUUGAAAACAUUGGCUUCAGAGCCUGUUGCUGAAAGCAUUACACCUGUUGAAGCUCCAGCUCCAAUUUCUGCCCCCGUACCAGCAGCUCCAGUUGAAAGCAAGCCAGAGGCAAUUGCACCAAUUGGUAAAAGUGCACCACAGGAAGAAACUGUUGAACCAAAGAACGAGGAAAAAUCAGCAGAUAUUUCAAAACCAGUUGCUAGUGAAAUUGCAUCUGAACCAGCUGUAAAAUCAGCAGCUGCUAUUCCAGAAGCAUUAGCGCCUGCUCAACCUGAAGCUGCUAAGGAAUCAAAAAUAGAGCCAGCAAUUGUUGAAGAGAAAAAAGAAGAGGAAAAGAAAGAAGAAAUUAAGAAAGAAGCUAAAGCUGAUGACAAGACUGACCGAGUAACUCGUGGUACUGAAGAUGAAUCUCCAUCUGCUGCUGCCGCAGGAUCGGCUGCCUCAGGAUCGGCUGCAACAUCCGUUUCAGCAUCUGCUGCACCUGCAUUCAGUACUGAAGGUGCUGCUGCCUCUGAUGUGCCAGAAAAAAAAUUAGAAGACAAAAAAGAAGAACCAGCUUUACUUGCAGCUGAAACAAAAGUUGAAGCAGUUGAAGCAGCCAAAGAAGAAAAGAAACCUGAAGAAAUUAAAGAUGAACCCAGUGUUAAGGCAUUAGAGCCAGCCGUUGUUCCAGCUGAUGCUGCUGCUGCUGCUGCUGCACCCAUUACUAUUGAGGCUGAGAAAGAAAAAGAACAAUCCAGUGAAAUUAAAGCCGUAGAACCAGCUGCUCAAGUUAAAAGUGCACCAAUCGCUAGUGAACAAGCUGCCGCAGAACAACCACAAGCAUCUGAACCAGUUGUUGUAGCUGAGACGUCACAACCUAAAGCAGUACCUGUUGCUGAAACGAUAAUUGCUAAAUCUGGUGCAGCUGAUGCUGUAAAAGAAACAAUUGAACCUGUCAAGGCUGAGGACUCUUCAAGUUCUGAAGAAAAAUCCAGUGAGGAAGAUAAAUCUGAUGAGAAGAAAGAAAAAUUAGUGGAACCCAAGGCUGCUGAAACUAAAAAAAUCGAUCCAAAACCCGAGGAAUUGCCAAAACCUCAAGAAUUGAAGGAAAACUGAGUAUAUCAAGUUUAAUAGUUCGACGAGGAUCAGACGUAUUCUGGUCUACAUUCAUUGACCCAUCUCUUUUAAUAAAAUAAAAAAAAAAAAAAACAAACAAAAUAAAAGAAGAGAGCGAGAGAGAAAACGCGAAUGAGCGAAAGAGAAAAAAAGAAUGGGCUAGAAUAAUCGAAUUAGUAUGCUUGAACGAUGUUGAAUGUAUGUUUAAAUGACUGAAUGUAAUGAUGAUAUAAGAAUAAUCGAGAUAACGCCGGCUGUUGGAAUAAGGAGAGAGAUGGUGAGGGGCCAAAAUACGAUGGAUUUAAAUGUAAUAAUCGAAGAGUCAUCACGUUCCCUAGCGCGCUGCGACCUCGAAGAGACAUAAUACAUUUUUUUUUAUUAAAUAAUUAUAUUAUUAUUAAUAAAAAAAAAAAAACAUUUUUUCUCUUAAUUCGAGCUCGAACCACUCGGGACGCCGUGAUUUAAAUUUCGUCGCGCUGAACAAUUAUCGAUUGCUGUUCAUCGCGACGAUAAGCUCUCCUUACAUUGUUUUUAUUUUAUUUUAUUUUUUUUUUUAUCAUCUCACCUUUUAUCGUUAACUUACUUACUUGCUCAUUUACUCACUCACCAAUUUAUUAAUUACAUUAAUAACUCUCUCCAUUUAUAUUUGACAUUA